UGUGUCAGCAAUUAGCAACGGCCUUAAAUGUGAGAGCAGGAGGGAAGCUCUGCCUUCCACUGACUGCAGGCUUCACAGAUGGAGACCCUCUUGCAAGAGCUUAGCUCAGCUUCCAAGCUCUUAACUGACUUUAAGGAGAUGUAUGAGUAUGAGACCCGCUUAAAAACCUUCACUAAGUGGCCCUUCCAGGAGAACUGCAAGUGCACACCAGAGAAUAUGGCAAAGGCUGGCUUCAUCCACUGUCCAAAUGCAACUGAACCAGAUGUGGCCAAAUGUUUCUUUUGCUUGUUAGAACUGGUGGGCUGGGAACCAAAUGAUGACCCAUGGGAGGAACAUGCCAAACGUCACACUUGUGAGUUUUUAUCCCUUCCCAAGCACUUUGAUGAGCUGACAGUGGAGGAGUACUACAUGCUGGAGAUGACACGGCUGAGGACCUUCAUUUGCCGAGUCGGCAGGCGCGCGAUCGACUCUUUUCAAGAAGAAGCCGCGGCAACAAGGCAGAGGCUGGUGGAUUGCUUUGGCUCCAGACCCCGGCUCCCAGCACCGCUGCACGGGGAAUCGGCUGCUGGGCAAAAGGAGCCCGGGACAAGGGAGCUGUGA